CAUGGUACGACUUAUAUGCUGGAAGUUUCAUCUCGCAAAGAAAAUCUAAAGUUUUGCAAAGAAAUCCGCUUUUAGUGUAUGUGUUGAAGGCUACUGGGAGGCAUGAUCAUUGUGAUAAGGUAUCGGGUAUUGCCAGACCAUACUUCAGUAUAACUAUCCUUUAUCCAAUUGGGUCAUAUAAUGAG